CGCAAGCAACGGCCAGUCUAUUCAUGUUUACCUUGCCACCAGCGAAAAGUGAAGUGCAACCGGGUGUUACCGUGUAAAUCAUGCUGUUUGCGUGGUCUCCCGGACGAGUGCACAUUCCCUCGAUCCGCCGAGGAGCAGAACUACAUCAGUCAAUCCGAGUACAUCACCCAGCUGGAAGAGCGAUGUCGGACCUUGGAACGGCGAUUAGCCCAUCUGGAAGCCGUGCGGCAGCUGGUGAUACACCGCGCCCAUGAACCCCGUCGCGAGCAGUCCCAGGACCCUCAUGGCCCUGGUCUGCUACGAGACGAUGAAAAGGGAAAAGUCAAGGUCCCCCUGGAGUGUUCCCCAGGCGCAGCCGUCCUGGACAUCUUCAUCGAACGCCUUAUCGAAGACUGUUGUCCACUCAGCAAGCGUGAGACCGGGCUCAAACGAUUUAUUUUGAGCGAUGCAUCCCAGAUGCGGGGCCGAUCAGAACUCCUGCAGGUCGCGUUUGAGAACACGGCGUUGAUGUUCAUCGGGCGCACCUGGGGCGACCGAGACAUUGAGAUGGCAGGCCAUCGACACAACAUGUACGCGAUUCGCAUGAUGCGCCGGGCGCUUCGGCGGUGUAGUGGUCAACCGGUGCCUUUGGACGUGUUUGUGGCCGCCUUCAUCUUCAUUAUACGCGAGGUGUUCACUGGUGAUAGUAGCGCAUUGAUGAAGCAUUUGCUGGGUGCCGCGCAGCUGUUGCAGUCGCGCAAACCCGAAGAACAUCAAACAGGCAUUGCGCACGCCAUCUUUCUGGACCAUCGCAUCUAUUGGAUCGCUGGCUCAAUUCUUCUCCGACGCCCCUUGUUUCUGGUCCACCCGGAUUGGAUGAAAGUCCCAUGGGCGCAUAAACCGAAAGAUAUCCUUCACCAGCUGCUGGACAUUGGGGCGGAAGUGCCCUGCUACCUUUCUCAGACGGAGAAAUACCGGGCGGAACUGGCGUCGGGACGACUCAACUACGAGGAACUGUUGAAUGGGCAUGGCUCCCCAAGUGACUGGGCUCAAACCCUCGACCGUCGCCUGGAGGACUGGUAUCACCACCACAUCACCUGCUAUCCCCACGGAUCCAUCAUUGAGUCCGAACACAAACUGGAUGCUUCAUUCCCCAAUUUCGCCUGUCGUCACCCGGACAACGGCCAUACGUUCACUCCCCCCCUCUUGACAUACCCCGACCUCCUGCUGACCACUGUCAUGUGCUACUACUGGGCUCUACGCAUCACCAUCGCCGGUGCCAACCCAACUCCACCCCCUCGCCACCAGCGGUAUCAAUGGGCCUGCAACAUCUGCCGGAGCUUGGAGGCGUAUAUCACCAAGGGACCCCGCUGUUUCAUUUAUCGCAUCCUAUACCCGAUUAUCGUAGCAUACCAGAACUUCGAGCGGGGCUCCAUCGAGCGCUGCUUUGUCGACAAACUUUGUCGUCGCUUGGACGAAUUAUACCAGGUUAAUGUUUUUCUCAAC